AUGCCGCCAAAAUCUACAGAGCCCAAAGAGCUGAUGCUCGUAUUCUCCACGGCUACACGGACAGCCCACGCCCGCAGUCUGUGGGUGUGCUCGUUUGGGCUCCUGGGCUGGUCCAGCCUGCAGUUUAUAAAGCCGCUUUCUUGCCACUUCUUUUCCACAGGCCAGGAGCCAAAGUCCUCAGGUGAAAUUGCUGAUGGGGGUUUGAGAGAAGUGGAAAUGGAUUCUGCAUCAGAGGCAGAAGCCUCAGCUGCUGAGGGUGCUCCAGAUAGUCCUGCUGAUUCAAGAAAUGUUUGUACAGUGGCCAGAAGACUUGACGGAAACGAUGAGCUUGGGAAUGGUGACAGAAUUCUACUGAACAGUCCUGAUGGAAACCCCAAUAUGUCAGAAUCGUCAUUACAGUCAACUUCAGCAAAGACCGAGAUGGAGAAUCAGACUGAUCCUGUAGAGAUUCCAGACAGAGCACUGCAAACUUCACACAGCAAUCAAGGUGAACCUUCAGCUGAUGAGGGAGUGAGACAGUUGGAAAUGGAGACUGCAUCAGAAGCAGAUGCUAAGGAUGCUCCAAGUGCUCCUGCUGAUUCAGCGAAUGAAUGUACAGAAAACCCCAACACAUCACGACAGCCGGUGGCAUCAACUUCGACAGAGAGAAUGAUGGAGAUUCAACAUGAGACUAACCCUACAGAAAGCCAAAAGAAAGAGCGACAGCCUGCAAAAGACAAACAGGGAAACACAGCAGAAAUGUACACAGGAACGAGCAUUCCAUCUGAGAGAAAUUUACUGCCUGAACAGUAUAAUUCAGAUGAUGAGUUUGUGGAUGUUGCUGAAGACCUCCUAAAUGAGCACGACAUUGUGAGAAAAGACAAAGGUGGUCUACAAAAUGACACCAGGGAAGAAUACAUUUGUGUGAAAUUUUUUGCUGUCCUGCGGAAGGAAUUCCUUGUGGAGAACAGCAUGCUGCACUUCGUUGACUGGAAUGGGUGCAAAUUUCUGAUGCAGCCUGUAAGGUGUGACAAAGAGGACUUGAUAUGUACACUUGAUCUCCCUAUGAGUAGAGCAUUUGCUGAUGGUCUCUCCUACACAUAUUGUCUUAUAAUCAAUGACAACAGCUACUUUGAAACCCUUACAGUAGGAAAGACCACUUACAAUUACAGAAGACUGCAUAGGAAAACCUUGGAGUCAGACAAUGUCUUUCAUCAGUUUGAUGAUAUAUGCCUGUCGUUUUCAAUAUUGAGCUGGUGGCCAACUUGGAAACCUGGAAAAACAGAGAUCGACAAAAUCCGCAGUAAAUUCAUUCAGAUUGCUUUAAUUCACCUAAUAUACUGCACCAACGAGGAUUUAAGUGAAAUGCAAAAAACAGUGACAUUUUUCAUCGACUGUAUAAAACUACGAGUAGUGCGCGCUGAUGAUAUUUUCAAAAUACCACAUUCUUUGGAAUCAAUCAAAAUGGACCUGAAAAGUGCAUUUAAGGAAGCAAUUGGGAGUCUGAAAGAUAAAGCACCAGUACAGACUGUUCUUGCAGCUGCAAUUCUUGCAAACCGUCUUUCCAUCAAACUUGAAAAAGUAUCGGUUGAAAAACUAGCUGAAAUCAUCAAACGAAAUGGUGAACUGCAAGGUACACUCAUGAGUUUAGAUGACACAGCGAGACGUUCAAUUUCCAGCUCUGUAGAAUAUAUCUUCCACUCGGCAUGCGGAGUCAGAUCAGCAAAAGGAGCCAUUUGGAUAAUGGCAUUGUUUUAUGCUGUGUCUCCAAGAGAACAUGAUAAGCGACUGAGUUUUGGCAGUGAAAAUGUACCAGGGGAGAAGACACAAAGUGACUUUACUGAGAUGGUCAGGACACAUACUGAGGAGAUAAAGAAAAACAAGGCAUUUGCCUCCAGUGUUUUGGAAAUGUUUUCCGUGAAAUAUGGUGACAUUAGCCUCUUAUCUAAUCUGAGCAUCACUCCACACCAGUUUCUAACACAGCUACGCCAAUGGCAGCAACAGUGCCCAUUUCAUAAACUGCAAAAUGCUAUCUCAGGGGUAGCUUUUGGAAUCAAGCAGUGGUUUCACAUGAGCUUUAAAGAAAGCCCAGCUUCAGAAACGGUGAAAAAGGAAAUACACUCCUGUGCAGUGCUGAUGAUAAAAGUUGUGGAACAUUCUACAAAAGUAAAUGACUGGACACAGCAUUGGGAGAAUGCCUGCUCAUCGCUACAACUGCUGAAUUCACUCCGUGACUACCUGGACUGUCUUUCAGAUGACAAGGAUUUGAAGAAACUGGGCAAUGCUCUUACGCCAAAUAUAAGGCAGAAAAUGGCAGGAUGUAUUAGAAGCAAUUGGAAAUCUGGUGGAAAUCAGCUGAUUAAGGAAUGGACUCAACUGUUUGAUCUCCGGCUACCAGAUAUUUGGCAAACAGAGUGGGAGGAACAGUUAAAGAGUCUCUUCAAAGAGAAACUCAAAAAAGAAAGUGAAGCCAUGCAAGUGACACUCUACUGUGAGAAUUCUCGUGUUUCUCCAGCAAUGCAUGACUGCCUGUUAAAUUGUGCUUUAGAUGCCAUUAACACGGUGUACAGAAGCAAGACUACCCGGCUGAGAGGUCAGCGUACUAUGGUAAGAAAUCAGAUUUCAGUUGAACUUGUUCACGAUUCAAUAUCAAAACAACAACAAACAUGUAAAUGA